CUGACAUGUGACACAGCAGCUUUUUCAAACAGGUUUGUAGUCCAGUUUAAAGGCGAGUGAAGAUGGCAGCACCCACUCUAAUCAGAUUCCUCCUCAGUAUUGGACUUCUUUAUAAAGCGUGUUAUUCAGACGUGAAGUGCAGGAACGACAGAGGAGAGGAUGUUGACUGGUAUAUUGUGUAUAAACUGCCUAAUAUGAAAGAUGGUGGACUGUCGUAUUUGUACAUGGAUGAGAGCACCGGUGGGUGGAAACUCAGCAAGGAGAAAAUCAACAGUAAAACUGGCUUUCUAGCACAAACACUGAAACCUCUUCUUGACUUCUACACCAAAAAGACUGAAGGGUUUGGAUACAUGCUCUACAAUGAUCAGCCUCCAAACCCAUACUCUGCUCCUUCAUCAUUCGGUCACAGUAAAGGGAUUGUGAUGUUGGAUCGCAACUUUGGACUUUGGCUUUCACACAGCACACCCAAAUUUCCAACAUAUCGCAGUGCAGAGUUCUGGCCAGGCAGUGGAAAAGCAAAUGCUCAAACAUUUCUUUGUGUUACUUUCCCCUACCGGCAGUUUAAAGAAAUAGGGCUGCAGCUCAUGUACAUCCAUGCCUAUCCAUUUGACUCUGAAAUGCCAACAACUUUUCAUGAGGAGCUGCGUUGUGUUGCACAGAGAAGCUGCUACCCAAAACGAAAGCCCUGGUUUAGUGUGGAGAGGCUGACAUCAGCAGCAGGGAGGACUUUCACUAGCUUUGCAAAAUACACACGAUUUAAAGAUGACCUCUACUCUGGUCUCAUCGUGAACGAAAUGCCCGACGACCUUUUUGUGAAGAGCUGGGGGAAGCUGAGUAAACCUCUAUCCUCUAACUGCAGCUCAAGGCUCAAUCAUCAUGUCUUCAACGUAAAGGAAGUGCAGCUGCAGAAGGGGAAGGUUGUCAGUGACACCGUGGAUCACUCUAAGUGGAGUGUGACUUCAGACGGUGGCUGGACCUGCAUCUCGGAUAUGAACAGGGAGGUCAGUCAGAUGAGCAGAGGAGGAGGAGCGAUCUGUACUGAAGACACACGAGUGGGACAAGCUUUCAGGUCACUGAUCUUAGACCAUGAACCGUGUAAAAAGUUUCAACCUAAGGCUGACAAGAGAGAACUGUAAAGGCUUACAGUCAUAAAAAUCAAUCAUUUUUUGUUACACCAGGGGAUUUUCUUUUAUCAAAUACUCCAAGCAAGUGACGUGUAUUUAAUAGAGAUAUAUAUGUAUGCAUGAAAUCACUUAGAAAUCGCUUAGACUAAAAUUUUUGCAAGGAUGACUUUUUUGUAUUUCAAUUAUCAUGUCUACCAGAAUCUGAAAUGGUAUUAAUGGGAGCCUGAAGAAAGACAUGGAUUUUACUAAAUAUAAUUUGGGGAUAAUGACAGGGUACUUAAGAAUUUAAGAUUUAUUAAUAUAUUUAUAUGGAUAUCAUGGUUUUGUCUUUUUCUAGUGUACAAAAAGCAAUAAUAUAUUUAUACAGUAUGUUAUAAUCUAUAGACAAACUGGAGAUGAAAGGGAGGACCACUGAUACUUCAUCCUGCUACUUAAACGGCAAAAAAAAUUAAUCACAUGUAAUGUAUCUCAUUCAAAUACUGUUUAAUAAGAUUUAUUUUCUGUAAUGUAUGUGUACUUUAAAUAUUUGAAUUAAGAGUUUUUAUUGAUUGAUCUAAAUUUCCAUGUCAAAAUUAUGGCUUGAAAACUGACAAUAA